AGUAAUGGGUAAGCAAUCCAAACUAACAAAAAAGGAUUCCAAGGCUGAAGCUGCUGGAAAUGAUUUGGUUGAGAAACCUCUUGUCACAGGCGAUCCACUAGCCGUAACUUCUACCCAAAACAUUCCUCAGCUUGCUAUUAAACAGACUAAAUCUAAAAAAUCGAAAAAAAAUAGCAAGACCAAAGAAAAUAUUGCAUCUGCUGCCACGUCGAUCCUUGGAGCUGUUGGAAAACUAGAUCCCAAAAUCGCUUCAUUGUUUUCCACAUCUGCACCUGUAAACCCUGUAAGCAUGAUGUUUGCUCCACAAAACAGCUGUAUUCAACCUGUCAUCAAGUCGAUAGAACCAGUCGUGACUGCAGCCACAUCCAUCGAAACCAAAUCUGAAAUAAAUACUGAAAAUUCUUCAAAAAGUACUGAGAUUGACGUUGCUGAUGGAUCCGAUGCUGAAGAUGCAACCAAGGCCAAAGAACAGUCGCUCAGUCGUCGAGAAAAACUGAAGGAACUCAUUGCUCGUCAAUCCCGUACUAUUUUUGUUGGCAAUCUACCUAUUUGUGUUACUGAAAAGGCAGCCUUGCAACAGUUGAAAACUCUAUUUUCACAAUUUGGAACAAUUGAAUGUAUUCGAUUCAGAUCUAUUGCAUUCAAUUCAAAACUGCCGCGCAAAUUAGCCUAUUCUGCCAAGCAAUUUCAUGAUAAGCGAGACUCACUUAACGCCUAUAUUGUUUAUGAACUUCCCGAAUCUGUUUCAAAAGCUUUAGAACUUCAUGGCACAUUGUUUUUAGAGAAACAUCUUCGUGUGGAUAGAUCUGAAACAACCCAGCAAAAAAAAUACGAUCACAAAAAAUCCAUCUUUAUUGGAAAUUUGUUAUUUGACAUUUCUGAAGAAGCUCUGUGGAGUUUUUUUAGUGACUGUGGUGAUAUAACAAAUGUACGCGUAAUUCGUGAUCGAAACACAAACGUUGGAAAAGGAUUCGGAUAUGUUCAGUUUGCCGAGCGAUCCUCGGUUUCACUGGCAUUGAAACUGAAUGAUACAGAUUUACAAGGUCGUCAAGUGCGCAUUUCCAGAAGUAAUCCAACAUUGGCUGAAAGUGGUAAUUCAACUACCAAAAGUACCGCCGAGGGACUUCGUGCAUCUAAAUCUGACAAUAUCAAGCGUGUUAUGGGUCGUGUUUCAAAAAAAAUUAAGACCAAGUCAGUGCGUAGUAAAGCUCCUGUCAACAAGAGCAAGUCAAAACCAAAGGCAUCUGCUGCAAAAUGAGCUUUCAAACCCAAGACAACUGUUGCUUCUGAAUCAAGAUUAAAAAGUCAUGUCUGAUCAGUUUGCACUAAACAAUAAACUUUGGCAUUUGUUGAUUUGAUAAUUAGAGCACGUUUGUGUCAAGCCGAGCUAAAGCAAUUGUUUUAUUGUAGUAUUCUUGAUCUGGAAACUGUAGCAUUUACCGCCAUAUUCACGUAAAUGGAACACUUGUAUUUAUCUUGGCAACUUUGCUUUAGAAUAAACAAUGGUUGAAUAUUCAUUAUGCUUU